AUGACAAAGUCAGAAAGUCCCUGGUGGGCUAUAGCUCAGCUCACUCAGUUUCUUAUCAGUCCCUCUAGCGCUGUUUUCAAUGUUCAGCAGCCGUACUGGCUCACUGUAGAGCCACACAAAUGUCAAAAGCUGGCAUUGAAGCAGCCAUAGAAGGUGACCGGAAGAACCUUACAGAGGUGACACCACUCUUACACUGUAUCCUAUUUCCCCCAUCCCUUUCUGGUGCUGCCCGAGCCACAUGCUGGGCAUUUCGCUAGACAAGGACAGAACAGCCCGUCCAACGCGGGCCGCCACAGCAACGGCGGGCGAACGCUGCAGCAAACGCGGGCGGACGGGAUGGGGCGGCACCCGUCGGGGCCGGGCCAGCGCGCCGCUGCCUCGGGCUCCGCCGGGCGCUCGCAGCCGUCACCCCGCGCAACGCCGGCGACGCGGGGGAUGCGAGCGGAACGGGCGCCGGCAGCGGCGGCGGCAAUGGGGGAAGGCGGCGGCCGGCGGGCGGCAGAGCCGGAGCGCUUGGCGCUGGAGCUGGGGCGGGGGAGGCGGAAGCAGCAGAUGCUUGAAAGCUCAAUAUUUGAACUGAGAAACACUGUAACAGAACUGGAAAAAAGUCUUAACAGUGUUGAAAAUGAAGAUAAUGAAUGGAAAACCAGAUAUGAGACACAAGUAGAAUUGAACAAACAGCUGGAAAGGCAAAUUAAUAUUCUUCAAGAUAAGGUGGAGCUUAUUCAUGGAAAUCCAGCAGAUAAACUGUCCCUUGUUCGCAUCUUUGAUAAAAUGCCUGUGGGUUCCUUAAAGGAGGUUCUUAAACAACAAGAAGAAGAGAAGAAGAGUCUCCAGAAUCAGCUAAAGGACUAUGAACUUAGGCUGGAACAAGAAGCAAAGGCUUACCACAAAGUUAGUGAUGAGCGGCGCUUGUACCUCUCAGAGAUCUUACAGACCUCAGCUAAACCUACAAUUUUUGAAAGGAAAAAAACAGAUGCUCUGACUGGCAAGGGAGAAAAACAGAUACUGAGAGGAAGACACAGUGUUCCAGGAAACCUGAAGAUGGUUAAUCCUCAAAAACGAUCAAUUAAAAAGACUGUAGGAGUGAACCACCUUCCACAGCUAAAGCACUGA